AAAACAAACACUAGCGAAGGCGUGCGUUCCCUUACCUCCCGCCGCCGCCGCCAUGUGCCCAGCAGCCGCGACCAUGAAGUCGGCCGGGCUGUCGAAGAAGCGGAAGCAGCCCGUCGUCGCCCCGCCGGAGUCAGACUCUGAGGAGGAGGAGUCGGUGUACGACACCGCCUCAGACGGCGACGAGGGAGAGGAGAGGCAGCAGGAGUUAGAGAGCGAUGACGAAGACGAGGAUGUGGAGGAGCGAAGCAAUGACGAUGAGGAAGGGGAGGAUGAAGAUGAAGAUGAGGACGAGAGCGAGGAGGAGGAGGUGAAGGAGGAUAAAAAGAAGAAGAAGGAAACGGAGCAGGCGAAGGAGACGGUGAAGGAGGAUAAAAAGGAAAAGAAGGAAAAGGAGGUGGGGAAAGAGGAAAAGAAGGUGAAGAAGAAGAAGGGGGAAGGGAGCGGGAUUCUCUCGAACAAGCUCUGCUCUGAGCUCCCCAUCUCUGAGCUCACUGCCAAUGCCAUCAGAGAGAUGAACUACACCCACCUCACCCAGAUUCAAGCUAGAUCAAUACCACAUCUGUUGGAAGGAAAGGAUGUGAUGGGCGCAGCCAAAACUGGAUCAGGGAAGACUCUUGCGUUCCUUGUACCAGCGAUUGAGCUGCUCCAUCAUCUGCACUUCUCGCCGAGGAACGGGACAGGAGUUAUCGUGGUUUGCCCGACAAGGGAGCUUGCUAUCCAGACACACAAUGUUGCCAAGGAGUUAAUGAAGUAUCACUCGCAAACUCUUGGAUAUGUUAUUGGUGGUAAUAACAGGAGAAGUGAGGCUGAUCAGCUGGCAAAAGGGGUCAAUUUAUUAGUUGCUACCCCGGGCAGGCUUUUGGACCAUCUACAAAAUACCAAGAGUUUCAUAUACAAAAGGCUAAAGUGCCUUGUAAUUGAUGAAGCUGAUCGCAUACUCGAGCAAAACUUUGAGGAAGAUAUGAAACAAAUAUUUAAACGCCUACCACAGAAUAGGCAGACUGUUCUUUUUUCUGCCACACAGACUCCAGAGGUUGAAAAAUUUGCUAAAUUGUCAUUUGAGAAAAAUGAAGAAAGUAAAGAAAAACCAGUUUAUGUUGGAGUUGAUGAUGAUAACUCAAAGCAGGCUACUGUUGAAGGCUUACAACAGGGGUAUUGUGUCAUUUCUAGUGAGAAGAGGUUCCUGGUUCUGUAUGCUUUCCUAAAAAAGAAACAGAAUAAGAAGGUCAUGGUGUUCUUUUCAUCAUGCAAUUCAGUCAAGUUCCACACAGAACUUCUGAAUUUCAUUGGGAUAGAGUGUUUUGAUAUCCAUGGGAAACAAAAGCAGCAGAAACGAACUACAACAUUCUUUAACUUUUGCAAGGCAGAAAAGGGCAUCUUAUUGUGCACGAAUGUGGCUGCACGUGGACUUGAUAUCCCUGAUGUGGAUUAUAUCGUGCAGUAUGAUCCUCCAGAUGAGCCAAAGGAUUACAUUCACAGAGUUGGGCGCACUGCACGUGGUGACAAAGGCAAAGGAAGUGCCUUACUGUUCUUACUACCAGAAGAAUUGAAAUUUCUCAUUUACCUGAAGGCGGCCAGGGUUGCCCUGACUGAAUAUGAGUUCAGUCAAAAAAAUGUGCCAAAUCUGCAAUCACACCUCGAGAAAAUUGUUAGCGAUAAUUACUAUCUAAACCAGUCUGCAAAAGAAGCCUACCGAUCCUACGUUUUGGCGUACGACUCCCACUCUAUGAAAGACAUUUUUAACGUCCAUCAACUCGAUCUGCAGAAAGUAGCUGCAUCAUUCUGUUUCAGAAGCCCUCCUAAGGUGAAUCUGGACCUGGAGAGCAGUGCAGCGAAACAUAGGAAGAAGAGGAGAUUAGAUGGUGGGAAGAGGCAUGGCAUCGGCCCUUCGAAUCCUUACGGAAGGAAGGACAAAGACGGUGGCAAUAAGCGACAGUUCGCGAGGUUUUAGAAAAGAAAGAGCCUUUCACGCGGUUGUGUAAUACCAGAGCUUCAAUGUUAUCUGGCUUUGGAAAAUUUUGACGGAUCACUUAUGCUAGGGUGGAUGAGAUAUUAUCACUCGUGUUAAGGGAUGGUCACUUGAUGCGCAAUUUCUCCCCACACAGUGGAAUGGAUUCUUGAUGAUUUCAUAGUGCUUCGGUUGCUGCACAAGCGAAAGGAUCAGUUCAUACA